AGUGAAGGAAAUGGCGGCUGAGCAGGACAAACGUUUCCCCUCCUAGAUUCUGCAAAAGCGUUACAUUCGUCUAGCCUUAUCAUCUGCUUUCAUUUGCUCUCUACUGCACUUUAACACUUUACGAGAGAAUUGGAUGCUGUUGUCACCAAAGACAUUGAUAGAGAAGAACCAGUGCCAGAACACACGGAGUCCAGUUCCUGCCAGCCUCAGUCUGCCGAUCGCAAACAGCACCACCUCUGUCAAAUCCUGCGCCAUCAGCGAUGCCAACUGGCCCAGAGACCGCCAACGCCCGCCACAUCUCAGCCGGAAGCAACUGCUGAAAGUUUAGCGCCGUACCGCGGCCCUCGCCGCCACACUGGGAACUCAAGUGCAGCUCACGUCCAUCCACCGAGGGAAGCAAAACGCCGAGGGGCCUGAAGUAUACUGCACCAAAGCUCACCUCUCAGGCAUGGCUCCCAUUCGGGACUCGGUCAGCCACUCCCCUAACCAAACAGGUUUGGAUCACGCUGGUCUGGACCCUCAGUAUGAGAAUUCACCCUGGAGCUCUGGCUCACCCUGCAGUGACGCAAACAGUAACUGGAGCAAAGUGAUUGUAGACAGCUGUGAUAAGGGAGCCUGGCCUUCCAUCACUGGGAGUGACCCAGAGCUGGCUUCAGAAUGUAUGGACGCUGACUCUGUCUCCAGUUCCGGGUCCGAGAAAAACCUCUGCGUGAUGGCGUCUGGGAUCGCCGGUGGUGACGGCAAUGGCAAUAGGCAAGGCGGCAAUCAAGGUUCUCAUUUCGUGGUUGCGAACGGCAGCAAUAAUGUGGCUAACGGGAGUGUUAAGGGUCCUUGGGGCUCAGUGCUAAGCACAUGUCAAGGUUCUGCAGAGAGCUCCGGCGACAAGAUGACAGAAGGCGGUCAUGGAAAAACGAACGCGUGGGUUACCCAAGGUCCCUCGACCAACGGAGGUAUAAAUCCAAGCACUUUGAACCCAAACGCCAACCAUGGUGCCUGGCCCGUUCUGCAGAACGCCGGUCCCAACUCCCACGGGCCUUUGGGCAAUGGGAACGGGGGCACCAACACUCAACGAAGCACCGUAGGUCAAGUGCCCAACAUGCAGAGUGUUAACUCUAAGAUGUCCUGGGGAAGUCUGCAGGAAAAGGUGGUUGAAUCUGAAGUCAAUGGUACAAGCAAGGUUCUAAGUGGGCAGCCUCAAAACCUUAACACUGAAUUUAACGGACCAAAUAACACUACUAACCCUAUGACCUCUAGUUUACCAAACUCUACAGGUUCACUGCAGAUGAAUGAACGAUCCUGGCCGAUGAGCACAGGGGGCUCCCCUCAGCUCCAAGCUUCUCCUGUCUCGAACGGCACUUCCAUUUCUCAGCAUGGCAACAACGAGGGGGUGAACAGCGGGUCCUACGGUACAGCAUGGGGUGCUCCGCCCAGCACUACUUACUCUGGAGACAAAUGUCCUGUCCCAAAAGGCCAAGCUGUGGGCGACACUGUGAACGCAACUCUAAUGCAGUCCGGGGCAAAUGGAUCUUCUGUGAGCGCUGCUUCUUUCAAAACUAAUAAUAAUAAUAACAACGGGAUGGUCAGUUGCGGAGGAGGCUGGGACUCUCAGACCACUGCCUCUCAAAGUUUGACUUGGGGAGCAGGUAACAGCAUGGGUGCUGCUGGAGCCUCUUGUCCCUGGGGUAGCACCUCCUCUUCCUCGUCAUCCUCCUCAACGUCUUCAAACACUGGCACUAAAGUCUCGAGCGGGGAGUGGGGCGCGUUGCCCAGCAACAAUCAGCAUUCCGGCGAUGGCGGGAGCAGGAAGGGAACAAACGGGUGGAAGUCGUUGGAAGAAGACGCUCUUGGGCUAGGGAGCGGUGGUCAGUCGUCCCAAGGCAGCACGUGGAACAAAUCCACAGGCAGCGAAGGAAGCGGGGAAAGUUCGGGAACUCGCAGCGAGAGGGACGGACAACGUAGUGGCAACCGCAGGAGGAGCAACCAGCAAUGUUUGAUCCAAGCGGCGCUCUCUAGAACUGACAUGGACCCAAGGGUGCUGUCCAACCAAGGUUGGGGGCAGACGCCAGUCCGACAAAACACUGCCUGGGACGUGUCCGGCUCUGAAAAGGCAGCUGGAAACGGGUCACGAGGAUGGGGUAGUGCUUCGCCCCAGAGGUCGAGCUCCCAAAGCGGAUGGGGAGAAACACCCAGCGCCAACACUAACGAUGCUGGGGCGUCCGGUUGGGGUGAGCAGAAGCCCGCCUCUGGUUGGGGGGAGACCAAGACUCAGAACGGUUGGGAAGACUCUUCAGCUGGAACGAACAAGAGUAAUUUGUCUUGGGGCAACUGCAAGGAUGACAAAUCCUCUUCCUGGAGUAACGGACAAAAGACGAAACAGGGCUGGAGCGGCUCUUCGGGAGAAGGAUGGGGUGGAGAAGGGUCGAGAGGGAACCACUGGGGGGAGCCGCAGAAGUCCGGCUCUGGAGGUUGGGAUAGCGACAGCGACCGGUCCGGUUCAGGAUGGAGCGAGCCGGGGCGUUGUAACACGAACGCUUGGGGAGGAAGCGGAGGCGCGAGCACUCCUGACCAAGGUGGUCAGUCGGCUGGAUGGGGAGACUCUGCGAAGACGAACAAUCAGAACCAAGGCUGGGGUGAGCCAAUCAAACCAAGUCACUCCAACCCAGCCUGGGGCGAAGCUGCGAAAUCCAGCAACCAGUCAGAGUGGGGGAAAGGCCAAGACGGCAACGCGGGGACAUUCAGGGCAGGAAACGGCUCUCCGAGCGGAGCCAAAAACAAGCCGACCGGAUGGCUGGAUGGCCCGAUGCCUACCGCCGUGAAAGAAAAAGAGCCGACGGGUUGGGAAGAGCCGUCUCCCGAAUCCGUCCGGCGCCGGAUGGAGAUCGACGACGGCACUUCCGCUUGGGGAGAUCCGAGCAAGUACAACUACAGUAACGUGAACAUGUGGAACAAGAAUAACUCUGCAGAGCAGGACAUUUCACCGCAGCAACCACCUCCACCGGCUUCAAGCUCCAUGGGGCAAAAAGAGAAAAGCUGCAGCUCAGGAUGGGGAGAGCCGUAUGCAGGGCCUCAAAAGGGCGAGUCGUCGUCAUGGGCUGAGCCUGCGGUGGACAUCGGCACGUCUGCGUGGGGAAAGCCGAUGGAUUCUGGGUCGAGUUGGGACGACCCAGGACGAGAGAAAACAGGAAAUGGGUGGAACUCCCAAUCACAGCACAAAUCUGGACCGAAGCCUGUGCAGAACAGCUGGGAUGGUGAGAUGACGAUGCCGGCCCCUUCGAACUGGGGGGAGGAGGAGGAGGAGGAGGUGGAGAUCGGCAUGUGGAAUAACAACACGCCACAGGAAGUGAAUCAGUCAGGAAACUGGUCCUACUCGAAGAAGGUUCCUCCUAAGAUGAACAAAGGCCCUGGGAAACCUGACGAUCCAUGGAUGAGCCAGUUUGUGAAGCAAUUCAACAGCAUGAAUUUCCCCAGGGAUUCUGAAGACUCCCUGAAGAGCAAUAAGAUGGACAUGCCUGCAGGAUUGAUGGAUAAGAGGAUGGAUGUGGAUAAACACGGCGUUAACAUGCCGUCAGUCUCACGCCAUCCAGUCCACAAAGAUCUGCCGCCUAUCGAUCGCAAUUCAUACAUGGAGAAGAAUGUGAGCAUGUACGGUGGCGGAAAUGCAGCAGCACAAGGCCGAAGCUCUCAGCAGCCUCCAGCACAACCUCUGAACUCGACUCAGUCCAAUUUACGCAACCAAGUGCCUCCUCCUCUGCUCCCCUCUCAGGUCCCUCCAUCGUUGCUGAAGUAUCCACCCAAUAAUGCAGGUCUGAAUACGAUUUUUGGCCCUCAGCAGAUGGCCGUGCUCAAUCAGCUUUCCCAGCUCAACCAGCUCUCUCAGCUCAAUCAAAUAAAUCAGCUGCAGCGUCUUCUCAUUCAGCAGAAAGCUCAGAGUCAGAGAGUCUUGACUGGCAACAACCGUCAAACCCAAGAACAGCAGGUCCGUGGUUUUCCUGCAAGUGCCAUGGUCCCGCCUCAUCGACAUGUCGAUCCUCCGCUGCUGAAGCAACACUCCCCCCCACAGCCUGCAACACUGCACCAGCCCAAACCCUACAUGGACAGCUUCAUCAGCCUGAACACAUCCGACCUGCACAAAGAACACACACUCAACUCUUUCCCCAACUUCCCUUUAGGCUUGGCCUCAAACUUGAAUGUAAACAAUCAUGAUAUCGGUAGUGUUGGGUUCAAAGAGCCGCAGUCCCGUCUCAAAAAGUGGACUGCCAUGGACGUUUCCCUAAACUCGCCACUUGAUCAAAACCCCAGCAAACCUGGUGCUAUGUCCUCUCUGAGGAUUGAAGACCCUCCCUUUGGUCCGUAUGACUUUAUAAAUUCCAGUAAUUCUCCCAUCAGCCCCCCUGGUUCAGUGGGGGAUGGCUGGCCCACUCGUGCCAAAUCACCUCAUGCAUCUUCUGUUAACUGGCCACCAGAGUUUCGUCCCGGUGAGCCAUGGAAAGGUUAUCCGAACAUCGACCCCGAGACUGACCCGUUUGUCACUCCUGGCAGUGUGAUUAACAACCUCUCUAUUAACACAGUGCGGGAUGUUGAUCACCUCAGGGACAGGAACAGUGGGCCAUCCUCAUCACUUAACACCACGCUGCCUUCCAACAGUGCCUGGACAUCCAUUCGUGCCUCCAACCACAGUAGUUCCCUCAGCAGUACAGCACAAAGCACUUCAGCCAGAAGCAGUGACUCGAAAUGGUCUCCUGGUUCAGUGUCUAACUCUUCUUUAGCUCACGAGCUGUGGAAGGUUCCUCUGUCGUCUAAAGGUGUCUCGGCUCCGUCCCGUCCCCCGCCCGGCCUCACCGGGCAGAAACAACCCUCCUCCUGGGGCAAUGGUGCACUGAGACUCGGUGCCUGGGGCAGCUCUGAACCCAGAUACACCCCAGGCUCCAGCUGGGGUGAAAGCAGCUCAGGGAGAACCAACUGGCUCGUUCUCAAAAAUCUCACACCUCAGAUUGAUGGCUCCACCCUGCGUACUCUGUGCAUGCAGCAUGGUCCACUCAUCACAUUCCACCUGAACCUGCGACACGGAAACGCUCUCGUCUGCUACAGCUCAAAGGAGGAGGCGGCCAAGGCUCAGAAAUCACUGCACAUGUGCGUGUUGGGGAACACUACUAUCCUGGCUGACUUUGCAAGUGAGGAGGAGAUAAAUCGUUUUUUUGCACAAGGCCAGUCGAUGUGCGUGCCUGCAGGCUGGCAAGCGCUAGCGUCCUCUCAGAGCCGACUCUCGUCAGACGCCUUUUCCAGCAGUGGGGGUGAGCUGCACUCGUCGUCCUCACUGUGGGGGGCACCGAGCUAUUCGAGCAGCCUGUGGGGAUCCAGUGCUUGCCCUGAGGGGGGCAAUAGGCUCAGCAGCCCUUCCCCCAUUACCUCCUUCCUGCCGGUGGAUCACCUGACAGGAAGUGGUGACUCCAUGUAAUGCAUCAAAACACAACAUAUAUAUAUAUAUAUAUAUUAAAAGAAAAACAAAAACCCUGUGACCUCGGCGUGGCAUAGCUCAUCCGAAUCAUGACUAUAUAGAUUCUUUAUGGAGAAAAAAAAUCUAAAGGCACUAGUUUCUUCACUUACAAGCGUAAUAAUAUUAAUCAUAAUAAGGCGGGGUCAACCUGUGGAAGUAAGUUACGAUUUUUUUUUUUUCUCUCUCUGCACAUAUAUCCACUUUGUUUUAGCCCAAAAACAAAAACAUAUCAGUGUGAAUACUUGAAUCAUGCAGGCCAAUAUGAUAAUGUGAAAGGAUGUGUUUUAAACCUUCCAGGUCGUGCUCUUCAUGCAGACAUACAGGAAAAACAAAAUCUUUCAGCUUCAUGUUUAUCUGAAUUCCAGUUCUUUUUAUUUUUUUUUAUGUGUGUUUGUUUGCUGACAAUGUUUGAGCUUUUUUUUUUUUUUUUUUUAACUUUGCACUGAAUGUGGUUUUUCUCAGUAUAUAACUCUGCAAUAUCGAGGGAGCCGACAGUUCCAGUGUAGAUGUUUACUCAAGGAUGUUCUUAAAAUGCGUGUGUGUGUUUGCGAGUGUGCGUGUGCAUGUGUGUGUGCGCUCUACUAUGCCUUGACGUACGCCUACCUUAUCGUGGUAUUGUGGAGUCCGAGAUCAAGAUAAGAUGCUGACCUUUAGGAUUACCGGAUGGUGAUAUUACACGUUAAAUGAGUAUUGCACCGAUUUUUUUUUUCCUUUUUUUUUUUUUUUUUUGUGUGUGUGUUUUAAAAGAAAACUAAAGAAUUUAGCAUUCUGCAGUCUAAAGAAACUGUAGCCACAGCUGUGACUCGCAAAAAAACAGCACUUUGAAGAUAGGCUUUCGAUUACUUUGGUCUUUUUUGGAGGCACCACAUCGGGUUCCUCUUGUUUACAGACUUUCGAGGGGGGAAACGUACGCUCAUUCUUCCUUCAUUUUAAAUGAGAAAAAAAAUGCACAAAAACCUUUAAAAAUUAUAAAAUGGAUGAAAAAAAUAAAUAAAAAUUUAAAAAAUUUUGAAAAUUAAAAAAACAAAACAAAAAAACCUGCAGAAACCGUUGUGGAUGAAGACGAUGCGGUGUAUCUCUGGGAAAUACUGAUCAGUGUUCGGCCAUGCCGUCGGUUAUUUGAUGUAUUCCUGUCGUCUGCUCAAUAACCAGCAUGGUUCUCAGGAAAUAUAGCCAGUUUUUCCCCCUCAAAUAAAACUCCUAAUUGUAGGAAAAAUCAACUUUUAGCACUGAAACGACUACUUGGAGCUGAGUGCGUUUUUCUCUGCCAAAUACCUGCUUUAAGCUGGAGACAUUCUACACACCGCGCUCAUCAACUGCCCACUCACUUCCUUUCUCGAAUUCUGAUUCUUCGUAUUCGACUAUUUGUUAAUAUUCUGGUAUUAGACUUUGUAAUUGUUUUGGUCUCUUUUGCCUUCAUGUUUAUCAUCUUUUUUUUUUCCUUUUGCGUUUCAUUCUUUUUUUUUUUUCUUUCCCCUUGCACCUUUAUUUUGUCGUCUCAUUGAUAUUUUGCCUCAGUGUUUUGAGUGUGGUUUAAAAGGAAAGAAAAAGCAGAAACUAUGCAUUUCCUGUAGCUCUGUGACGGAAUUGCUUUUUCUUUUUUUAAGCUGAAGUUUUCCCAAAAGGCAUUUUUGAAAAGCUGAUUGUAGAUUAGCCUUUUUCCAGCAUUGCCCCAGACGGCAGUGUUUUUUAGUUUUUAACUUUUAACAGUCAUCUACAUUUCGUUAAAUGUGCUUUUUAUUUUGUUUCCUUUUCGUCCUGAAGAUGAUGCAACACCGUGGCUUUUUAACUGUUUACAAAUCGAGUAUGAUUGUAACGUGUACAGGUCUCUGAAGUUCUUUUACAAUAUGGAUCAAUCUGGCUGCUCGUGUCAUUACUAUUAUCACUAUGAUUAUUAUUGUGGGUUGUUUUUUUUUUGUUUGUUUGUUUUUUUCCCUUUUGGUUUCUCAGCGCUGGUGUGUCGGUGUGUGAACAGCUGGAGCCUCUGAUCGCGCCCUCAGAGGGGAAUGUAACCUAAACACACGCGUUCGUCAUGUACAUAACCAUAUAUCGCAUUGUUGAUGCACAGAGAUGUCAGCAUUAGGCGAAGCCAUGGACCUUAAUGUGUGUAAGCUGUUUAUGCUCCCUAUUACGUGUGAGAGUGAGUGAGUGAGUGAGUGAGUGAGUGAGUGAGUGAGUGAGUGAGAUCCAUGUGUAAACCCAUGAGUAUUAGCCUUUAUUUUGCGACUUUAUGCUGCGUGUGCCAGUAUUGAACCAUUUUAAUAACUGCUUUACCAAAUCGAGUUUAAUUAAAAGCUUCUGUGCUGAAUGAUUCCACGUUUCCAUGAAAAACAAAACAAAAAAAAUCCUAAAAUGCCUUGCGAUUGCACUUGGUGUGCACAGUCACUGAUUAAAGUGUUUGUCCAUACAGAGUGGGAGGAGGAUUAUACGUGUGUCCAUUACAUUCUUAAUUGUACCCCACUAUACACACACUUACUUACUUUGUGUUGUGCUGUGUGUGUGUGUGUGCGUGUUCGGUCCUUGGGGACACUGUUCCCCUUCAGAUAUACACACUUCCUUGAUGUGUGGUGCUCCAAACUUUUGUGCACGCGUGCAGGUUUAUGUCCGAAGUGACUGUUGCACCUCGCCCAAGUGUCCAUGACUACGUUACUCGUGUGUGUGGGGGGGGGAAAUGCUCAACAAGAACACACAUUUUCCUCAGGAGGAAUUUUGUGUUCUUAGAAUAAUGCAGACUCGAUGAUUGAUUGAUUGUGAGAGUGGUGCUGGUUUGUCGAGUGUGCGCGUCCUCUGUGUGUUCGACUCUGUGCAGUGUUAAUUCCAGUUCACGUUUGUGCUUUUUUUUUUUUUUUUUUUUUUGUGCGUGCGGGUUCUACCCAUGUCGUCUUCACUGUACGUGUGAAUGAACAGCUACGAAGCUUUCUAGACUCCCCGUCCCAGUACACCACACACACACACACACACUUGGUUGAAUGUGUGUUUCGCCACAGUCUCCGUUACUCAUUACACUCUAACUACAUGCGUCCAUUACUACACUGUGUUGUUUAUCCACCUCGUACAUUUUUAUUUUUUUUUUGUGUGUGUGUGUUUUAAUGUGGAGAAAAAUCCUCUCUGAGCUUUAAUAAUGGUUCUGAUUUGUGCUCGUUUCCCCCGACAACUUGCUGACUGAAAUAGAAAAAGGGGGGAGGGGGCUUUAGCCACUGAGUUUCUUGGAUUUAUUAUCAUUUUUUUUUCUUUUUGUCCUUGUAUAUGUGGUGUUUAUUAUGUAUGAACGAGAAAACAGUUCUGUAAUCCACUGUCAUGCCAAAUCUAGGGAUGGAGUACAGGAGGAAAGGGAUUACUCUUGAAAAGCUGGAAUGUGUGUGUGUGUGUGUGUUUUAUGCUAACUGGAUGGCAAUGUACAAUCCCCAUAAUGCAUAAUGGCAGCCGGGUAAACGAGGGUGGGAAGGGGUAUAAUCUGGCAUAGACAUUCUACUUUUGUACUGAAUGACCAUGUUUCUAAUUGAUCCUGUGAGCGAAUCAUCGCUGUGUGUAGUGUUUUAUUUUUUUAUUUCUUUCGAAAAAAAAAUUAUAUCGUUCCUACUGUUUGCAAUUUUCGACUUUAAACUGUGAGAACGUCUCGCCGUCGGUUGUCGUCGUUCCGAUUCUCGAUUGACAAAAACCCUGAAAGCUUUAGAAAAAAAACCAGCACAAAGAGGCCGAACGAGAAACUCUUCCACCCUGGAGAACAUUCAGCGAACGUCUAUGCAGCGAGGGACGAGGCUUCCAUUAGAAUAAUUAAAAAAAAAAAUCCCAAGUGGAAUUUCUCAAAGGGUUUUUGUUUUUAAAAGGAAAAAUUCUUCAAACGCAUGUGCCAUGACUGACAUCCUUAUUUUUAAAAAAAAAUUUUUUUCCCCCUCCAAAAAUAAAGCGGGCCAGUUGUAGCAGACUUUGGAGCAUUAUUCGUGUUAUCGUUAAAUAUUAAUUCAACAACUUCAUGACACUCCUCAGCAGCAAAAAUGUACAAAGUUUUUAAACUGAAAAUACACCAUUCUGGUUUUAUGCUCUCACAACGCGCGCAUAUGCACACUGCUUCGCUAGGACUGUUUUUGAAAAAAUACAAAGAUUAAAAAAAAAAAAAAAAGUUGCAGAAAUGACGCGCGAGCAGGAGGUCUCCUCAACGUUCCUGUUAUCGUCUUUAGCAUCAAUGUGUUUAGCUUGGGGGAAACUGCACUUUUUGAAGGACAAUCUUUAUUUGUAACGGUCAUUGUUAACAAUAUUUAGUCGAUGAAUGAAUGAAUAAUAAUGAGAACAAGGUAGAAACUCUUGUAGUAAUGAAUGUUUCCUCUAACGCUGUUUUUAUUUUCCUCUUUGUUGCUUGGUUUUUUGAUUUUAGUGCCCGAUUUAAGUGGAAUAAGGUCGUAGAGUAGGUUUUUAGCUUUUUUUUUUUUUUUUUGGCCUCUACUUGUAGACUGAUUAACUGUUUGUAAUGUUCUGAACUUAAUAUCAGAAUACAAAGCUGUAUAAACUCGGGUGCAACCCGCAAUAAAUAAAUAAAUAAAGUCUAACAAUGAA